UUUCUCAGCAGCGACAGGGCAGUUAUUUGAGGCUCAUACAAUUUUCUCAUGGGAAUUCAACUCCAGUCUACGAAUCCUUGACAACGUAAAUGGCACGACCAAUGCAACUACUAUCGACACACCAAGACAAGGGAAAAAGAGUAAGUCCUGGGUGAAGGGGGCUAUCUUAGGCUUAAGCUCUUUGGUGUUUCUUAUCCUUAUUGCUGGAUUUGGCUGGUACGGUUAUAAGCUAAAGAGAAAUAGAAAUGAUCGAAGUGGAGAAGAAGAAGAUGUUCCGGGGAUGGAUGAAGGAUUUGAACAGUCGAAGGGACCCAAGAAGUACUCCUACAAGGUAUUGGCUGUCGCGACUGACAACUUUGCCAAUGCCCGGUUGCUUGGGAAAGGGGGUUUCGGAGGAGUGUAUGAAGGCCACCUCGCUGAUGCAAAUUCCCGUGUUGCCGUCAAGAAGAUCACUCCAGAUUCUCAACAAGGCAUAAAGGAGUACGCUACAGAAGUGACGACGAUUAGACAUCUAAGGCAUAAAAAUUUGGUGGAGCUCGUCGGCUGGUGUCAUGAGGGAAAUAAGUUCAUACUCGUGUAUGAGUACAUGUCUAAUGGUAGCUUAGACUCUCAUUUAUUCGAAGAGAAAACACUGCUGACAUGGGAAAAGAGGUACAAUAUCGCUCAAGGCAUCGCUGAAGGGCUGAAAUACUUGCAUGAGGAUUUGAAACAAUGUGUCGUGCAUAGGGAUAUAAAGUCUAGCAAUAUCCUACUUGAUGUGCAAUUUGAGGCUAAAUUGGGCGAUUUUGGCUUAGCUCGGAUAGUCGACCGUAACAAAGGAUCGCAAACAACCCUAUUGGCUGGGACCAUGGGAUAUUUGGCCCCUGAAUGUGUCUAUACAGGCAAGACAAGUAAGGAAUCUGAUGUCUAUAGCUUCGGAGUUGUCCUCUUGGAAAUAGCAUGUGGAAGAAGAGCUAUCGAACCGAGGGCAUCACAAGGCCAAAUUCAACUUGUGGAAUGGGUCUGGGAGCUUUAUGGAAUCGGAAAGCUAUUUGAUGCAGCAGAUCCGAAGUUAGGUGAAAAUUUCGACGCAAGACAAAUGGAGUACUUGAUGAUCGUAGGCCUCCGGUGCACUCAUCCAAAUCCUAAGGAACGACCUCCCAUAAGCAAAGCGAUAACCUGUUUGAACUUUGAUGCUUCCCCACCCAUUCUCCCACCGAAGUUGCCCAUCCCAACAUAUAUCAUGCCUCCAUCUUCGACACCCGAAUCGUCGCAUGUCAUGUCCAUCAGCUUCAAAAGUAGUGAACCACCGAGCGCUUACGGUACUGAACUAUCUGCUACUGGCUCUUCCUAGAAGUCUUCCAAUUUAUCUUCUUCUACAUUGCUUCAGAACACUCUGUAAGUUCACUGUUUAUAUGGGUUCUAAAUUGCAACUAUUCAGUUCUAUGAUUUGUAAUGUAUGCAAGCAGACCUUUAGUUUCUAGUUU